AUGUCACAUGAUCAGGAAAGCGCUGGUUCAAAGAACCGCGAGAGAGAAAUGUUUCUCGCGCACCUUCCUCCAGACACCCCGGUCUACUGCGAUCAUGACUACCGCGACCUGGAGACUCUUCCCACUCCAGAUUCAAUCGGGGAUUCCUUUGUUGUCGUUACAGACAUAGCUGCAGAAUUAUUCGACGAGCUCGACGAGCAAUUGCCGGGGCUUGCUGACUAUUCGCCAUCUUUGCAGCUCCUGAUAGUCAAAAUGCGCAGCUUGCCUCACGAGGAAGCCGCCGCGCGUCUCGGAGCCGCGAUUAUGCAGCUUGCUUCUCAGAUGAAAUUAGAGCGAAGAAUUUCAUUAUGCGGAGCCACCCGCGUCGAUGGCCCUGAUCGACAGAAGCAAGCAGACCGCUCAUACAAACCAGCCCGGCAAAGAAGAGAGUGGCCCACCGUGGCGGUAGAAAUCGAUUAUUCGGAAUCAAGGGCGAAGCUGGAGAAAGACAGUAUCUGGUGGAUCAAUGCAUCCCAGGGACAAGUGCGACAAACAAUCACGCUUGAUAUCAAGCAGGGCACUGGGAAUAUUGAAAUAAUAUCGCGGGUUCCAGCAUUGUCUAUUUUACCACGCCAGCUCGCAGUCUCGUCUAGAGGGAGACGUAUUUUCACAAGACCAAUUGGUCACCUACCAAUCCCUCGCAUCAACCACAGGAUUACAAUCAAAAGAGGACAAGGUGGUGCAAACUCUACCAUUACCGGCGGGGAUUUGACGAUUCCCUUUGCGACCAUGCUGUUAGAUCAACCUGGAGAAGGUGAGGGGGACUUGGUCAUUACAGCCGACGCACUACUACAUCGAGUUGCUGGGCCUAUUUGGGAUGCAAUUGAUGACGCUGAAGUCAUUAGGGGGAAAAAGAAAGCUAGAAAGCAUUGA